AACUGUCUAGAACCAUUUAGAACGCUCCAGAAUCAUUAAGAACUGCUUAGGCAUCCUGACAAAGUUCUGUUUUAUUUGACAAAUAUUUAACUAUGUGUGAUGAAUAGUGGUGGUUUCAGGUAAAUUUCCUCAGUGAUGGAAGGUCGUGGAAUAAAUAAAUAAAUUGAAUCGCGCGAGUUAACUCGUUAACUCCGGCGCUUUUACAAACGGUACUUACUCGUUUUCGCAGUAAGUUAGUGGUAUAAUAUCCACAUAAGAAAUGUGAUAUUAUAAACUUAAGUAAGUAGGCGUGAAAUGAAUAAUUUUGUAUCGAACAUUUAGGAAAAUAAAAUUAUUUAUUAACAAAUCAAAAGAGUUUUCGUCUCGUCGCGUUCCCAUCUUUUAUUUCAUUCCGUUUUAUUUCAUUCCGCCGCCGGUCGGGCGCGAAUAAGAUUCCUUUUUCUCGUUUCUCCACGCCUGAAGGACUUCUCAGGCGGCCUUUCAAAGGCCUAAAAACAUUUACGAACCGUGUCAACUCGUCAACAUGUGCACGACUCAAACGACACCUUAAUUUACGGCCUCCGUUUUAUCGCCCUCUCUCGUCCACACAUUGUAACCAAACAAAGUUUUAGUUUGAUCGAUACAAGCCUGACAAAUCGCCUGUCAUGGACGCCCACACGACGACCUCGGAGAGGAAACUCUCGGACCCCGACGACGACAAGUUCUCCUACAUCAAACUCCUCGACAAGCCGCGAGAUCUACCGGAGCCGGUCCAGUUGAAUUUCCAGCAUCUGAAAGAGGUCGGCUACGAUUUAGGCCUGGUGGAUUUGUGCUGGCCCGAUGAGAUCAAACCGCUGUUCGAAAAUCGCACCGAUUUCCCCGUCAGAUAUGUCACUCACACCCAAAAAGAGCGAACUUUACUGCUCUACACGAAGAACUUCCGAAAGAAAUUCAUACACUUGUACCCCGACAGGAAACCUCUACUCUUAGCACGAGAUAACGAAUGUGGUGUAAUCAAAAUGGUCUGCACCACAAUCAGACCAACAGCCAUACCCUACCCGAUAUUCGGAUCGUGGGACACCUCCGCAGCGUUCUUCAGCGACCACAUAACCUACGAAACGCUGGAGAAGCACCCCCAGAAGCUCCCCGAUCACUUAUACUCCCCCCACACGACUCUCCUACGCCAAAAAGGCCACUGUUUCGAGAUCGCCACAGUGCUAUGCUCGGCUUUAUUGGGCGUCGGCUACGACGCCCUCGUAGUAUCGGGCUACGCCGACAGGGACAUCGCCCUGAGGAUAAUGGUGCGACAGGAUUGCCCGUUUCCGGCGUUCAAGGAAGAGGAGGAGAAGCCGCCGGAGCGGCCCAAGAUCGAGAAGUACGCCAUCACGCCGCCCAACGACUACAAGAGCAAGUUUCUCACGAUGAUGGAGCAGAGGGAGCGCGACAAGUUGCUCAAGAAAGACGAGGAAUCGGCGGAGAAGGAGCGACUGCGGUUGCUCGAGGAGGAGAAGCCGCCCGUCGACGAAUUACAAGGCACUAGAGUACACGCUUGGGUACUAGUUAGAGCUGGUUCGAAGAAUAUAACCGAAUCGUUUUUCAUCGAACCGUCGACGGGUACGAUGUACCCGAUCGAUUCGAGGAAGUACUUCGGCAUCGAGAGCGUGUGGAACCACCAGAAUUACUGGGUGAACUUGCAGGAUUGCUCGAAAGGCUUGGGUGCAUUGGACUACGAUCUGCGGAAGAACAACAAGUGGAUCCAUCUGCUGGCAGGCGAGCCGUACGAGCUUCGCGUGCAAAAAGAACGAGAACUAGGCGACGAGGAUACUUCGAGGGAUUGCUUCAUCGAGAAGCACUUGGACAUGCCGGCUCCGUGGCCGAUGCGGUUGCACAUCGAAUCCGAGCGGUUCUCCAGGCGGUUUCCCGGCGGAGAUGUCACCACUAACUACAAGCGGGUUAUAGUCCAACAGAAGGCCCCCUUCGCCUCGCCCGACGGCCUCGUAUCGAGGAUCACCCGGUACAAGGACUUCGCCUGCACCGAUCCGUUUCUGCUCGAAGAGGAGUACUCGAAUCGCAAGGACAAGUACUGCAGGACGAUCUACGAGUACGCUACUGGUGUGCAGAAGGAUUAUUUCGCUUCUGGUAGGGAGGAUGCUUUGGUGAAGCACGUUUUUAAUAAAGGAGAUUACUCGUUCUACGCGUGUAGGACGUUGAUUUUCAAUCACGCCUUGCGCGGGGAUAAUUUGUACAAAAUGGUGGUGGAGCAGGAUAAGAUUAUGGAGUACUUUCGCAACAGGCCGGAUAAAUUGAUGUUUAGGCAGACGAAUAUCGUGAAAGAGGAUGCCGAGAAGCGGGUUGCUAAUUUAUUCAAACACAACAUCCAUUCGUUCCUGCAGAAGUAUGAGAGACAGGAGGAUAGGCCUUCGCAUGAGGACAUCGCGAGUAGGGAGUUUGCUAUCAAAGACCGCGAGAUUCGAUUGAAGUACCAUUAUGGGCAGAAUAAUAUCACCGCUUCAACGAGGAUUUUUAUGAAACCUGCAGUCACCGAAUGGGGUGACGAUUUGGAUUUCACCUCCGAUUUAACCUACGGUUACCAAGCUGAAGUGAAUGUAACUCUACCGAGACAAGUGGAGUUGUUUCAAAUGUUCCAUUUUCAUCUAAACGAAGAGAACAUCUGCAUGAGUACCUAUAGGACGAUGGAGGCUUACUUGGAGAAAUUUCUAGCGACGAGGUUAGAAAAUCUGAAGAACCCCGAAUUGGACGUGCCAAUCUUCAACAAAGAACAAAACGCCGCGCACAGGGAGAACAUGCUGCGCAACGAAGAGCGCAAGAACAUGCUGAUGAAGAAGGAAAUCGAAGACUCGCACAUCGACUUCCUGGCGCCCUACGUGGUGAAGUACAAGCUGCCGUUGGGGGCGCAGCAGGCGCGCCUCGCCAAGGCCGAGUGCCUCAAGGAGUACAAGGAGUUGCUGGUGAACAGGGCCAAUCGGCUCUACGACAAUUACAAGAUGUUGGACGAGGAGCUGCACGUGCUGAACGAUUACUACGCCGAGCGGCGGGAUUCGCUGUCUGAGGCGGAGGAGCUGCGGCACUUCGACGAAAUCAGCCGCAUCGUGGAUUCGAUGAAGUUGAUACAGAAGAGGGCCGAUAGGCACAAGGCGCUGUCGAAGAGCAGGUACAAGAAAUUGGAGAUGAUUCUCGCUAAGCAUCCUUUGUUGGCUGUUCUCAGGCGCACGUCCGUAAAACCCUAAAAUUAGAUGCACUUUUUUUUAUUUACAAUGUAUUCAGCGACCUAUUUUGACUUUAGAGUGAGUCUAAAGUCGCGUCUUUAACUUGACAGUUUUACAGGAGAUUUUUUUCAAUUGACAGUUUUGACAGUUUUACAUUGUUGUUAUGGAGUAACUAAGGAGAUUCUUUCAAAUUGACAGUUUUGACAGUUUUACAUUGUUGUUAUGGAGUAACUAGGGACUCGAGACGCGACUUUAGAAUCACUCUAAAUGUAAAAUUUUAUGAAAAAUGUAUAAUUUUUGUGAAGUAACAAAUACAUUAGUGAAACGAG